UCCACACCGACAAAACGUCGCACGUCCCCUUGCAAUAAAAAAUCGCAUAUUCUUCCUCCAUCUUCAAUCAAUCAUUCACCCAUCCUCAAACCAAACAUCAAUCGCACGCAGUCAAUCACAAUGGUGAGUCCAAUCUUUUAUUUGUUAUUGUGUGAGGAGGAGAGGAAGGUUAGGCGCGGAAUUCGGGCGAUUCGGUCGUUGCUGCAUUAGUACUGGUGCCAGACAGAGCCUCGGGGAGAAUAACAACAACAGGAAGUUGCGAGUUUGCUUCAUUCGCUCUUGUUUACUUUUCCUCCAUUCUCUUCUCCUCGCAAAUCCUCUCUUCCUCAUCACAUCACACGAUUACAGAAUCGAUAAUCUGCACCCUUACUUCUCACACACAUACGAGUUUCUUUGGAUAGCGAUUAUUUGAGAGAGAGAGAGAGAGAAUAUGGCAUCUAACACGGCACCCUACGACGCGCAGGCAAGCACCAACUACAAGGAAGCAUUCGCGCUCUUCGACAAGCGCGGCACGCAGCGCGUGCAAGUCGACAGUCUGGGCGAUCUGCUGCGGGCUUGCGGACAGAAUCCUACGUUGGCGGAGAUUCGGGAUUUGGAGAAGGGGGUUGGUGGGGAGUUCGAUUUCGAAACCUUCUCCAAGAUCCUGAACCGACCGGGUGGAUUCAGAGAUCCGGGCGAGCCAGAGGAGUAUUGUCGCGGUUUCCAGGUCUUUGAUAAGGAUAUGACGGGCUUUAUUGGGGUGGGGCAGUUGAGGUAUAUUUUGACGAAUUUGGGGGAGAAGAUGAGUGAUGAGGAGGUGGAUGAGUUGUUGAAGGCGGUGGAUACUAGUAGUGGGGAGAUUAAUUACACUGAUCUUGUCCGCACGAUCCUCGCAAACUAGACAAGCACCCAGAGCGAUGGAACGAGAUAUUAGAGAGCAUACUUCUUUGUACGACAUACGAACAUUCAUGGCAUUGAUGGAUAGGGCUGUGAUGAGCACAGAUGGCUGGCUGGGGCGUUCACGUUGAUAUUCAUUGUUUGACGUAUGAAUCCUAGGGGAAAGAACACAGACAGCAUAGCGUUGGCAGGAAAUAUCAUGACUGCAAUUCUAUUCCUCUACACUUUUCCCAUCCAGUGAACUCCUCGCUAUGCAGAACCAAGAGUGCUCUAUUCAAAAACAGCAACCCCUCCACUCCUAAUAUCAACAUCUUCCUCCCCAAUCCUCUUCCCCUUCCAAUUCCCACCCAUAACACUCGUCCCC